UCUCGCAGCUCGGACUUCUCUGCGCGGACGAAACUCAGCGACUCCCGGACAGAAGUCAAAGUUAAAACUUAUCCUUCAUUGUUUUCUUUUUCCACAACUCUUAGUUUCAUAGACACAACGAAAGCAUCUCGUGUGGUUUGACAGCGAAGUUAAAUCCAGCGGAAUAUGAUUUGAUCUACAGGAACUUAGAUCACAAACAGAACAGGAUGAAUCCCCACUUCCUGGAAGCCCUCCACGUCGUCACCCUGUGCUGGACUCUCUUCUCCAGUGUGCAAGGCCAGUGUGACAAGUCAUCAGAGAGUUCCAAGCUCAACAAGUCAGCCCACUAUGACCUACCCACUUUCACUGCCGACUUUCCCAUACAAAACGUGGUAACCCUGGACGGGAUUAUCUACGUUGGAGCUGUGAAUCGAAUCUACGCCUUGGCCGCGGAUCUGAAGAAGGUGUCUGAGUACCACACGGGCCCACUGUUAGCGAACCAGACUUGUGGCAGGACAGCAAACGGCACUGACAGCAGGACAAGCGUGGACAACCACAACAUUGCUCUGGUGGUGGAGAACAUUUAUGACAAGGGUCUGUACAGCUGCGGCUCAGCAGACAAUGGCGUUUGCCGCCGACAUGUUCUGGACGAUGAUAUCAGUUCCAAACAGUUAGAUGAACAGGUCUACUGCUUUGCGGACAAAGUCCAGCCAGGGGAUGGUCAGCCUCUGGAUUCAGAUGUGGUGGUCAGCCCCUCGGGUUCUCAGGUGCUAAAUGUUGAAAGCAACGUCAUUCAGUUUUUCGUCGGAAACUCUGAGAUUCCGGGCCACAGCACCUUUCCAGGCGGUGGAACACGACCCCACACUAUUUCCCUGAGAAAGAUGAAGACGAGCCAAAAUGGCUUCACGUUCUUCUCCAACCUCUCGUACAUGGACUUGAUUCCGUCUUUACGUGGAAACUACUACCUGAAAUAUGUCUACUCCUUUCGCAGUGGUCCCUUCACCUACUUCCUGACGGUGCAGCGGGUGAGCCAGGACUCUCAGGCCUACCACACUCGCAUCGUACGCAUGUGCGCUUCAGAUCUAGUGAUCCGCCGUUACGUCGAAAUGCCUCUGGAGUGCAUUAGCACCGACCGCCGGCGCCGGCGGACGACCGAAGACAUGAAGGUCUUCAACAUCCUCCAGGCCGCUCAUGUCACCAAGAUGGGCAGCGACGUGGAACUGCAGAAGCAGCUGGCUGUUGAGGAGGGAGAUGACGUUCUCUUCGCUGCCUUCGCUCGAGGAAAGCACAACUCGCCUGAGCCCACCGCCAACUCAGCAGUCUGCAUCAUGUCACUGAAACUCAUCAACAAGAUGUUCAACUUGUACAUGGAGAAAUGCAACACCGUGGAUCCAUAUCACUUCACGGGGUCUAACAACAAGGCCUGCUACAACUUGAGUUCCUCAGAUGACUGCGAUCCACAUGAGGGAAUCCACCAGGGCAAAGAGGGGAAGUACCGCCUGCAGGUGACCCAGUUUGUCCAGAGAUUGGAGUACUGGCAGAAGGAGCUGACAAACACCUUGGUGACCUCCAUAACUGUGGUGCCAGUUCAUGGACGCUCUGUGGCGUACCUUGGUACUGCAGACGGACGCCUCAUCCAGGUGCUGUUCUCUCGAUUUGCCACACCCCACUCUGACCUCCGCCUGGACUCCAGACCCGUCACCGCUGCUGUGCCACUGCUGGAUAACAACCCCUCAGCUGGAGCCCUUCUGGUCGCUACAGGGAACAAAAUAACUAAGGUCCCUCUCAUUGGCCCUGGCUGUGGUCAGCUGACCUCGUGCACUUCCUGUUUGCUAUCGGCGCGGGUGACAGAGUGCGGCUGGUGCAAUGGGCGCUGCACGAGGGCAAACCAGUGUCCAUCUACCUCAGUGUGGACGCAGGACUACUGCGCACCUGUCAUCAACAAGGUUUGGCCCAUUUCUGCACCAAUCAGAGGCUCCACCACAGUGACAAUUUGUGGCAGUAACUUCGGCUUCGACAAAACACGAAACUUCAAGUCCGCCAUGGUGACGGUUGAGGUGGCUGGAGCUCCUUGCAAACUGUCCAGACAAGAUAUUGUCAACAGGUGGACUGAAAUCCAGUGUGUGCCGGUGUUUAGUGGGAACUUCACCCCAUCAGGACAUAUGGUGAAGGUCAGCAGUGGUAACAGAGUUUCCCAAAGUGAAGGAUUCUCAUUUGUGGACCCUGUGAUUCAUCAAAUCUUUCCAUCAUUUGGGCCAAAAUCUGGGAAUACCAUGCUGACCAUCAGAGGAGCAUUCCUGGACACGGGGAGGAAACAGGAAGUCACUGUUGGGACACUGCCCUGUAAAAUACAGAGUUUAUCUUCCACCAUGCUGACCUGCAAGACUCCGCCAAACACUUUUCCUUCUAAACAACCUGUGAAGCUGACGAUAGACUCUGUGGAACGCAUCGCUCCUGUUUUAUUUACCUACAACCAGGACCCUAUAAUCAACAGCAUCCAGCCGUCUCGCUCCUUCAUAAGCGGCGGCUGUACAAUUUCGGCACAUGGCUUCUUCCUGCAGUCUGGACUUCAACCUCAGAUGGUCCUCACCACUGGCCAAGAUGCAGAAGUCUUCCAUGUGAGCUGUGUGUACGGUGGGAACAGAACAUCCAUCCAGUGUACCACUCCUUCUCUAGCCAAGCUGGCCCUGCCGCGCCCGGUGGUCACCAAGGUGGCGUUCGUCCUUGAUGGCUAUUCCACAGAUCAGUGGGAUCUUGUCUAUGUGGAGGAUCCCCUUUUCCAAGACCCAAAGCUGACAUCAAAGGACAACAAGAGCAUUGUGGAACUCAAGGGCGACAGGAUGGAUCGGGAAGCCAUGAAGUGUCAGGUCCUGACUGUGUCCAACCACAGCUGUGAGACCCUGACCCUAGUGGGAAACACUCUGGAGUGCACUGUUCCCACCCAGCUGCAGGCCACCACCGCAAAGGAACUGCAGGUGGAGUGGCGCCAGGCAGACUCCAUCAGGCACCUUGGAAAAGUGACCUUGGCUCAGGAGCAGGACUACACCGGCCUCAUUGUGGGCUGCGUCUGUGUUACUUUCCUGAUUCUGUUUCUGGGCAGCCUCUUGAUGUGGAAGAGGAAUAAACGCAUUGAAGAUAUGUCAGAGGUGUGGUAUGGGGGUCUGGAUCACAUCCAGCAUCUGGACCGGCUGGCGAAUGCUCGAAGUGUCAGCCCCACUAAUGAGAUGGUUUCUCAUGAAUCUGUGGACUACAGAACAAAUCUGCUGGAGGAUCAGACCACAGACCGACCAGAGACGUGUCGGGCGGUUCCCCCCAUCUAUGGGGGCAAUGGCGAGCUUCUGUCCCCACGGCUAGGCGUUUUGGGUGCUGCAAUGGGUCUAGGAAUGGAGGGGGAGCUGGUGUCCCCUCUGCUGAUGGCUCCGGUUCACAUUGACCCAUCCUGUCUUCACCCAGACUUGCUGACAGAAGUGCAGCACGUGGUGAUCGCCAGAGAACGGCUGCUGCUCCACCUCAACCAGGUCAUCGGCCGAGGUCACUUCGGCUGUGUGUUCCACGGAACUCUGCUGGAGCCAGACGGGCAGAAGCAGCACUGUGCAGUCAAGUCCCUGAACCGCAUCACAGACCUGGAGGAAGUCUCUCAGUUCCUGAAGGAGGGCAUCAUCAUGAAGGACUUCAGUCACCCCAAUGUCCUGUCCCUGUUGGGGAUCUGCCUGCCGCCGGAGGGCUCGCCACUUGUUGUCCUUCCUUACAUGAAGCAUGGAGACCUGCGCAACUUCAUCCGAGAUGAGGGCCAUAACCCAACUGUGAAGGACCUGAUGGGCUUUGGCCUCCAGGUAGCCAGAGGAAUGGAGUAUCUGGCCAGUAAGAAGUUUGUCCACAGAGAUCUGGCAGCCAGAAACUGCAUGUUGGAUGAGAGCUACACUGUGAAGGUUGCUGACUUCGGUUUGGCCAGAGAUGUUUAUGACAAAGAAUAUUACAGCGUCCACAACAAGAGUGGAGUGAAGCUUCCGGUGAAGUGGAUGGCGCUGGAGAGUCUGCAGACCCACAAGUUCACCACCAAGUCAGAUGUGUGGUCAUUCGGUGUGUUGCUUUGGGAACUCAUGACCCGAGGAGCACCACCUUACUCCGACGUGAACUCCUUCGACAUUACUGUUUUCCUGCUGCAGGGCAGGAGGCUGCUGCAGCCGGAGUUCUGCCCAGACUCGCUGUACACGGUGAUGAUCGAGUGCUGGCAUCCCAAACCAGAGCGACGCCCCUCCUUCUCCGACCUGGCGUCGCGAAUCUCCGCCAUCUUCUCCAGCUUCAGCGGCGAGCAUUACGUGCUUCUCAACACCACCUACGUCAACAUCGACAAGAUGAGCCCGUACCCGUCCCUGGUGCCGCCGUCGUCGCCUCCUGCUGUGGCUUCCUCUUCAUUCCAGCCAUCCACCUCCUCAACACUGCAGCCCAGCUCGCAGUUAUUCUGCCACGUCGAGCGAGACUGUUGUGCCUGAACGCGUCAAGGUCGCAACAAGACUGUUGAAGAACUACUAUAUGUACAAACACUGAACACGGUUCUUCCCUUGGUGACAUCGAUUCUCAGACUCAGAAACUCCAUGGCACUGAUGAGCACCACUCACUACUGUGACUUUUUCCUGAACUCCAGGGAGAAGCUUCUGGCUUCGCAGAAGCACAUUGUUCAUCCCCUGGACUGACUGCUGAUCCCACGCAGGGGGUAGAUUUCCACAUGUCUGUUGGUGACCCACGUGUAGGUGGUUUGGCCUCGUGCCACUGUAAUAUGAAUGGCUGUAGAUUUGGUUCCUGAAGACAAGGGGAGGGCUCCACAGAGCUGGCAGAAGGAAAGGUGGGAAGCGAUGCGUAGGUAGAACCUGUCUGUGUGCAGUUCACUGGAUGAUUUACAGAAGUGAAAAGGUCAGGUGCCAUUGUGCCGCUACCAUCCAGCUUGUUCUUUGUAAAGACUUUUUCUUUCUUCCUUUCUUCAAACAUUCUUUGAGAAACAGAAUCCGUCUGGAUGGUAAACCCUCAACCGUCCACUCAUCUUUCCAUGAAAAGAUACCUCGAGAACUUCUCUCAAUUAAGUUCUUUUUUUCCCAGUUUACUCAUCGAAACAUUUUGCUUCUUUCAUGUUGAAUAAUGAACCCAGACUCAUCAGGAAACCCUUAUGAGGCAACACUGAUGUUCAACAUCAAACAGCUCCAGCUCCAAGGACGCAGGUUCCAAAGUACGAACCAAGAUGACUGUUCUUCCGUUCAUGAGGAAAUUCAUCGCUGGGGUUGACCAGAAGGACUGAUCUAAAUCAUGAGCCGAAACCUGAAAUGGCAUUUCAAUUGUUCUCUGGCUCGUGAAUGCUGUAACCAAAGGAUGCAGAGGAGAAAGAGAAAAUGGCCACUCAUUUCUUAUGUUCAAGUUGUCCACCAUUUCCAGGUGAUUGACUGUCUGCGUGACUUCCAUUUUUAUUUCAGUUCAUGUCCAAUUGUUCUCUUUGAAAUUCCUUCUGGCAUUAUUCAUAAAACUGUUAUUGGCCCCAUCUGGCUGAAUGUUAGGAUCAUUCAGUUGUUUUAGGACCAUUUUAGAACUUCUGUUACUGAGAAUUCUUUUGUUACAUAAAACACUAGCAUUCAGCUGGAUUUCAAACUUCUACAAAUAAUUAUAUCUCACUUUUCAGUUCGCUAUCCAUUCACUGGGUUUUCAUUUCUUGACUUUGUUUAUUUGGCCAGUUUAACUGAGGAAGUUGAAAUGUGAAAUGUGUGUUUGUUAGACUACUUUUUGUAAUGACAAUGCAGACAUACUGUUCCUUCUGGUCCAGGUCAUUUCACUCAUGUUAGAUCAUGACUUUUACGUUGUCAAUCUUGUUUAAAUGUAGACUUAUUGAACUACUGAUUCCAAGUAUUUUGAAGUGUAAAAACGACAUUGUUCAAAUGCAUUGGUGUGUAAACAGAAAUCUAGUUGAAUAAUCAUUCAGAAAAUGAAGCAAAUUUAGAAAGCACAAGUCACAUUUUGCUGUUUGAAAAAAAAAAGAAUGAUAAUUGGAUUUCUUUACCGUGUUAAAGAUUUGUAGCAUAAAAUAUCUUGUAUUUUUGUUUUCUUGAGUGGCUGCUGAUACCAAUGGGGCCAUAGACGGACAGGAAUGAAUGUUUGCUAUGACGAGACUAAUGCUGUACUAUGAUUUGUUUUCCUCUUGUAAAAUGAACAAAGCCACUUAAAGCUUUUAUUUUGAUGCAAAACCACUGCCAUUUUGUAAAUAGUAUCAUCGUCAAAACGAUGUGGAUGUUCUCGCACGAGCUUAGCACUGUACCCGGGCGUGCUCGUGUUUUGUCGUCAACCCUGAAGGUACAUACUGUAUGUAAACUGAAGUUGUCAGCGUAAUAAAGCUACAC